CCACAAGUGAAAUAAGAAAAUCCUCCUGUUGCAGCCGUGGAUUAGGGAAACCGAACCACGUUAAAUUCUUGUGUGUCGUUUGUGUUCCGUUUCUCUUGUUUCUAGUAGAUUAUUUGUGUGUGUUGCGUGUUUAAUUCCCUACAAGUGGUAUCGGAGCCAGGUGCGAAGUAAGAAAAGUGGGCCAGUUUUUGGUCUUGUUUUGUUUUGGGCCUGGUGCUUGGUUUGAGCUAAAUUAAUUAGUGUGGUGGGCCUGAUUUUCUGACGGAAAAAUACCAAGAUCUGAAAUUAGUUGGACCGGGUAUCUUGUCUAGUCGUUUGAAAUGGCAGAAGACGGGAAGUUCCGAAUUGAGAAGUUCGAUGGUAUAGAUUUCAGUUGGUGGAAAAUGCAAAUUGAAGAUUUGCUGGUUCAGAAAGAUUUGGACGUGGUAUUGGGUGACAAGCCAGAAAAAAUGUCGGAUGCAGAUUGGGCAAGUUUGGAUCGGAAAGCUAUGUCCGUGAUCCGUCUCUCAUUGACCAAGAAUGUUGCGUUCAACAUUCUGAAGGAGAAGACAGCGAAGGGAAUUAUGGACGCGCUGUCUAACAUAGGUAUUUGUGGCAGUGGGAGCUCAAGAGGCGCUUCAGCCAAGUUGCCUAGAAGACAGUGGGUCAGGAGAACCAGUAUUCCAGCUGUUGGAACAUCUCCAGAAAAUUUCUUGCUGAGUAUGGAGAGUGUUUGUUCUCAGGAUGUUCCAGGAUCCGGCAGUGUGCGUCUGCAGUGGGAGCCGGUAGGGACCGAGGACGAGUCAGGGGCAGAUUUUGCCGUGACUGAUGUGUUGGAGCUUGGGAGAGCUUCAACGGGCCUUUCAGUUGUCUGAUGAUAGGGCCGCUGUAACAGGAGAGCUGAGGAAGAUUACUCGAUGUACAAGCAAUCGCGGCGGAUGGCAGUUGAUGACUAUCAAGCCUCUAAGUGGGAGAAUGUUGGGUUUGUGGAGGCUUGGGCUUGAUUUGUAGGCCCGGCCCGUUUGUUGUAACCCUAGUUGCGCUCUUCUUAUAUAUAUUGCAUACUUGUACUUGUAAUCGGCACCACAAGUGAAAUAAGAAAAUCCUCUUGUUGCAGCCGUGGAUUAGGGAAACCG